CCACCAUCUCACAUCCCUGCUGGAGCAUCGCGCUUGUGUGCGUUCACACCACCUUCUCUUUCCAAAUGCAAGCCAUCAAAUGCGUCGUGGUCGGUGAUGGAGCCGUGGGUAAAACAUGCCUGCUCAUCAGCUACACCACCAACGCUUUCCCGGGAGAAUACAUCCCUACAGUUUUUGAUAAUUACUCUGCCAAUGUGAUGGUGGAUGGGAAACCUGUAAACCUGGGAUUAUGGGAUACGGCGGGGCAGGAGGAUUACGACCGUCUCCGUCCGCUCUCCUACCCUCAGACGGAUGUGUUUUUGAUCUGCUUCUCACUGGUGAGCCCGGCUUCAUUCGAAAAUGUCAGAGCAAAGUGGUAUCCUGAAGUGCGUCACCACUGUCCCAACACGCCCAUCAUUCUGGUGGGAACCAAGCUGGAUCUACGGGACGAUAAGGACACCAUCGAGCGCCUAAGGGACAAAAAGCUGUCCCCCAUCACCUAUCCUCAGGGUCUCGCCAUGGCCAGAGAGAUCGGAGCAGUGAAGUAUCUGGAGUGUUCGGCUCUGACCCAGAGAGGGCUGAAGACCGUGUUCGACGAGGCCAUCCGCGCCGUCCUCUGCCCUCCGCCCGUCAAGAAGAGAGGGAAGAAGUGUACGGUGUUUUAAAAAAAGAACAUAUUCACACACUCUCUCUUGCACAGAGUGUUUCACUUCAACACACAGUCAUCAUACUGAGUUCCUAGUGGCCGAUUUGGAGAGACGGAGUAAAAACAUGAAAGGUGAAACAUCACACACUGGAGUUUUAGAUAUACAGCGCAGCAGGAUUAAAAAAUAGUGAAAGGACAACACAGGAUCGUGCCAAAUUUCCUCUCGUCCCUAUUUCUGAACUCAAUUGCCUUAAUUGGUGCUUAAUUUGUGGUAAUGAGAAGGUCCUUGAUAUAUACUCCUUGCAUGCGCUAAUAUUUGGUUUGGGGAUAUAUUGUGAUAUUUAACACAAUCUUUGCAGUUUAAUUUGUGGACAAAUUAAGUUAAACUUUUAUUUCAAAGGCUAAGUCUCGGGUAUGUGUUCGUAAUUACAUCAUUACUAAAAUGUAAAAAAAUUCGGAAAAGAUUGUACUUUUUUUUUUUUUUUUAAACCAAAUUUCUACAAAGUAUAAAACGAAAUGAAAAGUUAGUUAUUGUUGUGCUAGUAAAGAAUCAAUACUGACACACACGCAUGGGUGUUUCUGAGUUGAAUGGGCGGAGCUUAAGUUGUAUUCGAGCCAGUUGCAAACUUGAUCACGUGACCUUACAAUAAAAGUUUAGCAAACUUAAGCUAGCUUACUAUCAAACUCUCCUGGCUUUGAUUACACGAUAAAACAUCUAGUGUAAAAAUGACUUGGUUAGCGAUGUAACAUCAGGUAGCUACUCCUGGAUUGAUAAUGUUUACAUAUCUGACUAGCUUAGCAAAUAUUUAGAAUGUUUUUUUAUUGUGUCUUUAAAUCAGUAUUUAAAAGAAGAAACUCUAAAAAUAGCAGUAAUUUUUUUUUUUUUUUUUUUAAUACAAACUGUAAUCAGCUCAUUCAAUAAGCUCCGCCUACACUGACACAAAGACACCUGUCGAUCAGUAAAAUCAGGACGUGCAAACGACCAAUACACACACGGUCCCCCUGUACACAUUUUCUGAAUUCCUUUGUGGAGAUUUUUUUUCUCGUCGCUAACACUUCGGGGCAACGUGGGCAUCGUUUUUUAUUUUUCUUAUUUUUUCUUCUUUCUUUAUUGAUCUGUGAAAUGUGUCUGAAGUCUGUGUAAAUAGAUAUUGUGAAUAACUUGAGGACCGAAUUGACGCCGUCUCUCGUUCUUGACUGUAAAGUAAAUCUAAAAUAAUAAUGAUAAUAAUUAAAAAAAAUCACCUACUGGAUACAGCUCUUUUAAUUUCGGUGUUUGUGUGUGACUACUGUAUGUGAUGGCGUUUUACAGCACAAGAAAAACGAAAGGGUGAUUUUACUAAAAUGUGUAUAUUUAAAGUCAGUCAGUGUCUGAAGCUCAGCCGGGUAUCAAAUUUACAGAAAAACUUUGGCUAAAAAUGAAAUGUCCACAAAAUUUUGCACUGGAGCUGCGAAGGCUAAUCUGUGUUCGGUUUAGCGUCGUGGUGAAAACCACAUACAUCACACACACUGACCUCAAAAUGGCGUUAAAGAGUUGUUUAGGAUGUGAACUAGAUUUACUGAUGUGGUUUCUGACACCAUAUUGGACACUGAAAGCUGUAAAAACAAGCAAAAGUAUGUCACAACGCUAAAAACAGUCGGCCAUUUUGAAAAAGGAAUUUUUAGGGGUUUUUUUUCCCCUCAGCACAAAUAUAAUUUGUGUUUUUAAACAUGAUCCACUUGUUGCUCAAGUCAUAAUUGUUGUGAAUACACAGUGUUGCUGGGAAACAGGGACAGUGCUUGAUUACAAGCUAGCUGAGCUAAUCAGUCAUAACUGACUAGCUAGCAACUUGUUUCUUUUAUGUGGACGAUGUUAAGUCAUAGUGACUGUGACAAUGAAUAAAAAUGUCAGGAAUGUCAACUUUUACUUCAGAUUUGUUGGUAAAUUAUUCAGAAAGUGCUCCAAACUACUAAAAUCAAACCAACUCUUUGCUAAUUAGCUACAUUAGCGUUGUAGCUCCAGUGCAAAACUAAAGCGAAUAUCAGACACCAGACAUCUUGGCUGAUUUGGUGUGAAGUGGAAACUGUGUACGUUUUACUUUUAGCUGAAAUUUUCUCUCUUUUUAUUUUUUGGAGGUUCUUUACAUUACAGUAUUGUAUGCAUAUUUAAUUAUUGUUGUUUUUUUUUGUAAACUGGAACUUUUCCGUCCUUGGAUUUCGCUCCAUAUUUUGCAGUAUACUAGCUAAAAUGUGCCAUUGUGGAUUGUUUGUUUUUUGUGUGGCUAGCAUGCCAAAUUUUCAACUUUAGACAAGAUAUGCGUCUAACUGCAUUUCUACUUUUUUGCCUUUUAAUUUUACUAAGAGUGUAUGGAUGCGCGUGUGUGUGAGAGUGAGCAAAAUUGUUAGACGUGUAAAAAACAAAACAAAACCAUGUGUUGUUCGGUGUUACAACAUGAUGAUGGUGGAUCUCCACCUUCACCUCACAGUUGGUUUCUGUAGACACAAUAACAAUCAGAACCCCUUUUGAAUUGUUACUAAAAUGAACCUCUUGUGUGUAUGAUAUGAGUUUAAAAUGUACGCAUU